UUUGUUGGCGAAUUUUUAAAUUAAUUCAAUAAAUUUGCAAUACAAUUAUGCAAACAGGUGGUUGAGCAGUUGUGUCCCAGAAAUGAUUUAAAUCCGCUUGAAAACUGCGAAAAAACUCGCACAGUUACGACAACCUGGAGACGAAAAAUGCCAAGCAACUGUUUUUAUUCAUUUGAGCCACUACUUAAGUAAGACAAGCUCACAGUCGGAAUUAUUCAAAGUUCAAGCUCUAAUUGACCUAACUGUGUGGGCUGGGUUAAUAAAAUUAAAAAUGGGCAUAACGUGACGAAAUGAGCGAGCAACAGUCGUGUUAUUGUGCCCCAUGCCAGGAGUUCUUGUCCAUUUGUACCAUCAAACGGCCCGUGUACCCCCUAGACCCCGUGGCCCCCGACCACAGCGAGUUCUUUUUGAUCGAUUCAAACGUACGCAUCCGUGUCGUGCACGUAGCACCGGAAAACGGGCUCAAACUGCCAAAUCUGGACCUCCACCAAGGCGCAAAGCGCAGCUCGUUGUCCGAAGAGUACUGGUUUACGAAAUGGAACAAGCCCCUGAAAAUCGGCAUUUGUCGGUGCUCCUUCCGGCGGUCGUUCCGACUCUCAGUGGCGGAGAACCGGGACAGUGCUUCCAGUUUUGAAGCAGCCCCCAAGCGCAUCGUCGACGUCGAGAGCUUCGUCGAGCGGAUCAUCCAAGACACGAUUUUCGAGGCCUUUCAGGAGUACUACGUUUUGAGGAACCAAAACGGCGUUAUCAACCUAGCGUAUCAGAAAAGUGAGGACGACGGCGUGGUUUUGCGAAAGCCGGUCACGCGCCAACCCAAACAAUGCCUCCAUAAAAAAUACGCGCAAAAAAAGCCUGUUAUUAUUUUGUUUCAUGGUAUUGGCAAUUCCGCUGACGUUUGGUGGCCGGUUAUCCAUACCUUGGCCAAUAAAGGAUAUGAGGUCAUUGCCCCCGAUAUGUUGGGGCAUGGCUUCAGCUCAGCCCCCAAUAAACCGAAUUCCUACACUUUUCAUAAUUUGUUAAUACAUGCAAUCACGAUUUUCGACCACUACACGGCUUCCGACGACAAGCGGAAGUGCAUUCUCAUCGGACACUCCUACGGUUGUAGCAUCGUCACAGCCCUCUACCGCCACAGGGCGCCCCAAAUCUCGCAGUUAAUCUUAAUCAGUGGCGGCGGGCCUACACCUCUGGCAGCUCCGGUCAAAAACAGCGAAAUUUCGCCAUUUGGGUGCAUCCACACCCUAUUCAAGCCGCUACUUUUCUGUGGCUUGAAACGGAGUUUCCUGUUUUCUUCCCGUGGAAAGCAUUUCGAGGUUUGUGAGGGCGAGUCGGCCAUACCUCCUCGAAUCCUGGAAUACAUCUCAAGGGGGCAAAACUGGCCGGAGGGCGACGCUGCCUUCCAUAGGCGCAUCCUUGUGCCCACGUUACUCGUGCAUGGGCUGCAGGAUAAAAACGUUACGCUUGUACAACAAUGUGAGAUGGAGAGGACCAUACCGAGGGCCUUUCUGGAACUGAUCCCAAAUGCGGGGCAUAUGGCCAUGAUCGAAACGCCGGAGCAUCUCAGCCAUAUGAUCUUGUGUUUUAUUGACACCUGGAGCUAAUUAUCUGAUAUUUAUUUUUAUUUAUUUUUAUACUUUUUACCAGAGCCGGAUCGAGACACAGUUUCACCUGUUUUACAGUAGGUGAAAGUCUUAGUGAGGCGGAAAAGUACAUUUAAAAUUUUUAUUACAAUUACAAAAUUUUACGAUUUUUAUUUAACUUGUUUUGUUGUCUGUGUUAUAUCUUUCGGGUUAAAUGUGAGAAAUUUCUGUUAUCCAAAUGAGCUGAAAUUUUGCAUACACACGUAAUCUCCGUACUAUUUAGUUAAUUAGCCCUUAAUAAUAAAAAUUAUUAAUAAUUGUAUUCUUGCGGAUGAUAAUAUAUUCUUUGUCAUGUAGAUGCUAUUAGUAAAAUAAUUCUAAAAUAUUUAUUAUGCAAUGUUUUAGUGGAAGUAAAUUGUGAAAUGUUUGAAAAAGCUUGUACUAAAAUUUACUUACCUAUAACGGUCUUUUUACCGCUUUACACCUUAUCAAAAUUCUAAAGUUGUAGAUAAAUUUCAGAGAAAACAUAAUUAACCAUUUUUAAUUCUUUUUUACUUUUAACAGCUAAUCAUUUUCAAUUCAUUAUUUCCUUAAUGGUUUACAAAACUGUUAGCACUUUUUCUGUUUAGUGUUAUGUAACCUUUGUUGAAUAAUUAUUACUCCUGUUAAAAAACCAAAUUUAUUAACAAAAAUCGUAAAUACACAUUUGGCGCCCUUUGUGUGGGCCCCUCACCCUCGAUCCGGCCCUGGUUUUAUUGUUUGACGAACUUCAGCCUGAAUUAACUAUGUGAUAUAAGAAGUGCAAGUAUUAAUCCGUCCGAUAACGUAACGAAGUAUUAUUUUUUACUCACUUUAAUAAAGUUUUUCAACCGAAUAAA